GAAGAGUCAGGACGAUGCAGAUACUCGUGAAAACCCUAACCGGCAAGACCAUAACUCUUGAAGUCGAGAGCAGUGACACCAUUGACAAUGUCAAAGCCAAGAUCCAAGAUAAAGAAGGAAUACCACCGGAUCAACAACGACUCAUCUUCGCCGGAAAACAGCUCGAAGAUGGCCGUACCUUGGCUGACUACAAUAUCCAGAAAGAAUCAACGCUUCACCUUGUUCUGAGGUUGAGAGGAGGGAUUAUCGAGCCUUCUUUGAUGGCCUUGGCUCGCAAAUACAACCAGGACAAGAUGAUUUGCCGCAAGUGUUAUGCUCGUCUGCAUCCGAGAGCCGUGAACUGCCGCAAGAAGAAGUGUGGUCACAGCAAUCAGUUGAGGCCCAAGAAGAAGAUCAAGUAGACUAUCUAUAACUAGGGUUAUAUUGUUUGCU